AUGCCCGGGGGCACCGGGAGCUGCCCGCUCGCUGCUGCGCGCGGCCGUGGCCGUCGGGAGCCUCUCGCCGCCGCUCGCCCGCGGGGCUGGCCCGGGCCCGGGAGCCGCCAGCGCCGCGCUCCGCUCCGGUGCCCUGUGCUGCGUGCCCCCGGGUGCCCCCGGUGCCCUGUCCUGUGUCCCCCCGUGUCCUCCCGCUCCCCGGUGCUGCGUCCCCCCGGGUCCCCCGCGCGGAGCCGCCGCCGUCGGUCCGGGAGCCGCGGGGGGACAGCGGGGGAGGAGCGAGCGAGGGGAGGCUGGAAAGUCCCGGUAGCGCGGCGGGGGAGGAGUUAUCCCGGUUUGGGUGGGGUAUCCCGGUUUCCAGACUCACCAGGAGGAGUUAUCCCGGUUUGGAUGGAAUAUCCCGGUUUUCCAGACUCACCGGGAGGAGUUAUCCCGGUCUGGCUGGAGUAUCCCGGUUUCCAUGAGCACCGGGAGGAGUUAUCCCGGUUUGGGUGGAUUAUCCCGGUUUCCAUCGGCACCGGGAGGAGUUAUCCCGGUUUGCUGGAGCUUCCCGACGAUUUCCGUGUUUAUGGGUGGGAGUUAUCCCGAAACUUUCCGGGCUCGCCGGGAGGAGUUAUCCCGGUUUGGGUGGAGUAUCCCGGUUUCCAUGGGCACCGGGAGGAGUUAUCCCGGUUUGGAUGGAAUAUCCCGGUUUUCCAGACUCACCGGGAGGAGUUAUCCCGGUCUGGCUGGAGUAUCCCGGUUUCCAUGAGCACCGGGAGGAGUUAUCCCGGUUUGGGUGGAGCAUCCCGGUUUCCAUGGACACCGGGAGGAGUUAUCCCGGUUUGGGUGGAAUAUCCCGGUUUCCAUGGGCACCGGGAGGAGUUAUCCCGGUUUGGGUGGAUUAUCCCGGUUUCCAUCGGCACCGGGAGGAGUUAUCCCGGUUUGGGUGGAAUAUCCCGGUUUCCAUGGACACCGGGAGGAGUUAUCCCGCUCUGGCUGGAGCAUCCCGGUUUCCAGACUCACCGGGAGGAGUUAUCCCGGUUUGGCUGGAGCAUCCCGGUUUCCAUGGGCACCGGGAGGAGUUAUCCCGGUUUGGGUGGAGUAUCCCGGUUUUCCAGACUCACCGGGAGAAGUUUUCCCGGUCUGGCCGGAGCAUCCCGGACUUUUCCACGCUCCCGCUCCGGCUGGAGCAUCCCGGUUUCCAGGCUCACCCGCCGCAAUUAUCCCGGUUUGACCGGAGCAUCCCAAAGCUUUCCACGCUCCCGGUUUAUCCCAGACGUGCCGCGCUCCAACCUUUGGAUCCUCCGGGAGCGCCCUCCGCCACAUCAUCCCCGCUCCUGGAAUCCCUGGAAUCCCGCGAUUCCCGGGCCCAGCCCGAUCCAGCCGUGCCUCAGCCCUCCGAGCCCCGCUCCCUCCGCCCGCCUGGAUGAUCCCGGCUGGCAAAUCCCAAAUCCCGGAUCCCAAAUCCCAAAUCCCGCAGAUCCUUGCCAGCUUCCCAGGCCCUUUUCCAGGCGGGAAGGGAAGCGCAUCCCUCGGGAAUGCCGCGCAUGGAUGGAUGGGGCAGCGUUUCUUGCACUAAAUCCCGACCCAGCCCCGCCGCCGGUGCCGCUUCUCCCUCAUCCCAAAUUCCCAGCGGGAAAUUCCCGGCUCCAGCUCCGAAUUCCUUGGAAUUCUGUCGCAAUAAGGGGUGGCGGGAUAAGGAGGGGACACGGGGGGGGGGGUUGGGGGUGGGAGCCGCUUCGCUGCUGCCGCGGGAAGGAUUCCCUGGAUUCGCUUUUCCAGAGGGAUCCGUGCUGGGAAUGCGCUGCCGGGAAUCGGGAAUUCGCUGCCGGGAAUUCGCUCCCUCCUUUCCCUGCUUCGCUUCGCGGGGUGGUGGCACUUGGGGACAUUCCCAAAGGGAAAAAUCUGGGAAAAGAGGGAAGGGCUGGAAAAAAAAAAAAAAAAAGGGAGGUGGGGGGGAGUUUCCCUCUUCCCAAAAGUCAGGUUGGAAUUUUUUUGGGAUUUUUUUUCCCCCCCCUCCUUCCUCCUCUUUGGAAGAAUCCAUGGAAUUUUUUGGGGGUCGGGGUGAUUUUUUGGGAAGGGGGGGAUCCCAAAUGGAGCCAUUUUCCACAGCAAUAAGGGCGGGAAAGGCCGGGAUUCCCAAGGGAAAACUCCGCUCUGGGGUGGGGGAAAUCCAGGGAAUUGGGGGAGAUUGGGAAUGUUGGGAGAGAUUUGGGAUUCUGGGAAUUGGGGAUGGGGAUUUGGGAAUUGGGGAUGGAAAUUUGGGAUUCUGGGAAUUGGGGAGGGAGAUUUGGGAAUUGGGGAUGGAAAUUUGGGAUUCUGGGAAUUGGGGAGGGAGAUUGGGAAUGUUGGGAAUUGGGGAGGGAGCUUUGGGAAUUGGGCAUGGAGAUUUGGGAAUUGGGGAGAGAUUUGGGAACUGGGGAUGGAGAUUUGGGAUUCUGGGAAUUGGGGAUGGAAAUUUGGGAUUUUAGGAAUUGGGGACGGAAAUUUGGGAACUGGGGAUGGAGAUCUGGGAUUGGGGAGGGAAUUUUGGGAUUGAGGAGGGAUAUUUGGGAAUUGGGGAUGGAGCUUUGGAAUUUUGGGAAUUGGGGAUGGAAAUUUGGGAUUGAGGAGGGAAUUUUGGGAUUGGGGAUGGAAAUUGGGGAUUCUGGGAAUUGGGGAUGGAAAUUUGGGAAUUGGGGCUGGAGAUCUGGGAUUGAGGAGGGAAUUUUGGGAUUGAGGAUGGAUAUUUGGGAAUUGGAGAUGAAAAUUUGGGAAUCAGGGAGAGAUUUGGGAAUUGGGGAUGGGAAUUUGGGAUUCUGGGAAUUGGGGAUGGAGAUCUGGGAUCGGGGAUGAAAAUUUGGGAAUGCGGGGAGAGGUUUGGGAAUUGGGGAUGGAGAUCUGGGAUUGAGGAGGGAAUUUCGGGAUUGAGGAUGGAUAUUUGGGAAUUGGGGAUGGAAAUUUGGGAAUCGGGGAGAGAUUUGGGAUUGAGGAGGGGAUUUUGGGAUUGGGGAUGGAAAUUUGGGAUUGAGGAGACAUUUGGGAAUUGAGGAUGCAGCUUUGGGAUUCUGGGAAUUGGGGACGGAGAUUUGGGAUUGAGGAGGGGAUUUUGGGAUUGGGGAUGGAAAUUUGGGAUUGAGGAGACAUUUGGGAAUUGAGGAUGCAGCCUUGGGAUUCUGGGAAUUGGGGACGGAGAUUUGGGAUUGAGGAGGGGAUUUUGGGAUUGAGGAGGGAAUUUGGGGAUUGGGGAUGGAGCUUUGGGAAUGUGGGACCAGAGCUUGGGAAUCGAGGAUGGAUUUUGGGAUCGAGGACAGGGAUUUGGGAUCGAGGACAGAGAUUUGGGAAUGCGGGGCCAGGAGAAUCCCAAUUUCCCCCCACCUGGAAUAUCCCGGAGAGAUCCCGGGGCAAAUCCUGGGGAAAAGUGGGAAUUUCGGGAAGCCCCGGGAGGCUCCGGCUCCUUUUCCCUCCCUCCAUCCCACGGGAUUUUCCCGCUCUGCCCAUCCCAAAAAAAAAAAACCCCACUGGGCUUCCCGGGAAUGGCUUCGAUCCCAUUUCCCUCGGGAGCGGAGAAUUCCCGGAUCCAUCCGUGAAUCCCGAAGGGAAAAGCCCCAAAAUCCAGGGAAUUUUUAUCCCUUUCCCACCUCCAAAAAAAGGAAUCGAUUAAAGAAUCUCUGGAAUCUCGGAGGGGGAAAAAUUCGGAAUGGUUUUUUUCCUUUGGGGUUUUUCUUUUCCCUCGGAGUGGGAA